GAUGUGUGCCAAACGAGGAAGUGUAGCUGAAUGUGGGUUAGAGUGUCUAAUCUGUGUGAGUUGGAGUGGACCGUUGGGCCAUAGUGGCGUGUGCGUUGUAAUCAGGCGGGAGCCUUAAUUGGGCUGGUCCAGUAAGCUGUAAUCGAAGAGAAUCGAGGAUUAUUAUCGAAUAACAGAACACCACUUACCUGGUAUUCAUGCGUCGACCAUCACCGGCGACGGCGUAUCUCCGUGCUCACGUCCCGGCGUCCCGAGCCGGCGGCCACGGGCCAUAACAGACCCGGAGGACAUCACCAGCGCGAGCGCCGCCAGCCCCAAGCACCGAGGCCGAGCCGCCCGAGCGCGGAGCGGCGGUACCACGCCACCCGCCCGCCGCCGCCCGUUGCGGAGGCUGUGCAGCACAGCCGUUGGGGUGCCGAGGCACCGAUCAGGCUGCGCAACCGCCGAAGUCGGCCUCCGGGUGGCGCCAAGCUGCAGAGCAGCGCGCCAGCGCCCCUGUAUCGGACUACCUUUUUCGGCGAGACCACCCUAGUAGAGGAUGAUAUACACCGCGAUUGACACGUUCUACCUGACGGAGGAGCAGCUGCGCAACUCACCAUCACGGAAGGAUGGGAUCGACGAGGCCACUGAGACUGUGCUCCGCGUCUAUGGCUGCGACCUCAUCCAGGAGAGCGGCAUCCUCCUCAGGCUACCACAAGCAGUGAUGGCCACGGCACAAGUAUUGUUCCAUCGCUUUUACUGCAAAAAAUCAUUUGUUCGAUUUAGUGCAAAGAGAGUUGCUGCUAGUUGUGUUUGGCUGGCAGGGAAGUUGGAGGAGAGUCCCAGGAAAUCAAAGCAUAUUAUAUUUGUCUUCCAUAGAAUGGAAUGUAGGAGAGAGAACUUGCCAAUUGAAUUCUUAGAUGUCUUUUCAAAGAAAUAUUCAGAACUGAGGCGUGACCUGAUACGGACAGAACGACAUCUGUUGAAGGAGAUGGGGUUUAUUUGCCAUGUCGAGCACCCCCAUAAGUUCAUAUCAAACUACCUUGCAACACUUGAAGCCCCUCCCGAGCUUACUCAAGAGGCAUGGAACCUUGCCAAUGAUAGCUUAAGGACAACUCUGUGUGUGCGAUUUAAGAGUGAAGUAGUAGCAUGUGGAGUUGUGUAUGCUGCAGCUAGGAGACACCGGGUUCCCCUUCCUGAAGAUCCUCCGUGGUGGACUGUCUUUGAUGCUGAUGAAGCAGGAAUUCAGGAAGUUUGCAGUGUUCUUGCUCACCUCUACAGCCUGCCCAAGGCUCAAUACAUUCCAGUGUAUAAAGAAUAUGAUUCCUUUACUGUUAAGAGAAUCUCUGAUCCACAGGCUUUAAAGGAAAGUCCAGCAAGGGCUGUUGCUAGCGAUAAGGGUACCCCUAUACCCUCAAGUUCUAACCAGGAGAAGGAUUCAGUGGCUAAGACUAUACCGAAUAGGGUGAAGGAAAAAAGUGAUGACGAAGGUAGACACUUGCCUGCUGAAUUUGAUGGAAAAGAAAACCUGGUGGUGAACUCAAAAAUUGAGAAGUCUGAUUCUGGUGUUGACUGGAGUCGAGAAAGAGAAAGAGAAAGAGAGAGAUCAAGAGGGCGGGAACGUGAUGCUAGGGGUAGGGAUUCUGAUCAUGAUAGCAGGGGUCGUGACUCUGAUCGCGAGAGGGAUCGGAGACGUCGCUCUAGGGAUAGAAGUUCAGGUAUCGCUGAGAACCAAUCAGAUUUUCAACAAGGAGAAAUCAAGGCGCCAUCCAUCACACGACCGAGUUGACUACUACAGUUCGCAUUCAUCUCGUGAAAAAGAUCGGCAUAGACACCAUUGAUCAAGGUGAGGAGGAUCCCGGGUUUGCAGGGCUUUGCUGCAUGGAGACCACCACAUGGCAGUGCCGACAGAAUCAUGAAAACUUGUAGAUUGUCAUCUCAUUGGCGGUUGCAUUUGCUUCAUUGUGUUUUGCACCUUGGAUUGUAACUUGCAGAGCAACAUGAAUUUGUAGAACCUUCAUCUCCACUAGUUCCCAAAAUUCUCGAGAAUUAAUUUAGGGUGUUACUAAUAAAAAAUCAUCCUCUAACCGUUUUUUAAAUAGGUUUCAAAUAUACGAACUUCGUAAA